AUGGCUCGCACUCGGUCCCAGCCUCUCUCGCCAUCUGGCUACCAGAUGUGGCAGACACCACCCAGAACCCGUAAGCAGACUGCAGAAGCUGCUGCUGCCACGAAGGCUGCUGUCCCCAAAGGGCCCAAAGCGGCAACUGCUCGCGUCACGAAAAACAAAGCCAAGAAAAGCAAGAAGCCAGCUCCAAAGAAGCGCGUUCCAGGAAGCUACGAUGACUCUGAUGAUGAGCAUGAAGACGCUCCUUCCGCAGCAGAAAGCAGCACUACCCAUGGAAACCACGACGACAAUGUCAAUAAUAACAAUAACAAUAACAAACGACAUGGCGACAACCAUGGCAACGUCGCCACAGAGGUCGAUAGGACUGCUACUGCCGUUGCUCAGACUACGACUACGACUACGACUCGUACCACACCCGCACAGAAUCCUUCUCCCUCUACUCGACAAAUCCAGGUCCUCGUGCCAACCCCAUCGCCGGCAAACGGCCGCGCUUCUACCCACGCAGCUCCCUCCACACCUACCCCGGCUCCCCAGACUGCAGCUCGCAGCGGCGAAGCAGUGCACGUCCCAUCCGUGGCAGACACCACCACUAAUGCCGAGAGAAACGAUAAUACCAACAUUAAUAUCAAUGGCAAAAAAGCCCCGUCUCAGAGUGAGCCUCAGAAUAUUUCUUCACGUCCUAUCAAACCUUUUACCCGCAGGUUACCUGCGAGGCACCAGCCCUUUUCACGUUUUGCCCCAGUCGCCUCCUUUAUUAGCCCUAGCAACUUGGAGCUCUCUCCAACCCCUAUCAUUGACUUGGAGGGUGGUGUGACUCGCAACGGCGAACGCACUACUCCUCAAGAAAUUGUCUUCUACCCACCUCCCCCUCCAACGAACCCAGCUUUCCUUACUGCGCCCCAGAUAUCUAUUGAACGCACACCACUGUGCCCAUGCUGUAACGGAAUGCUGGUUUGCCCUUCCAGCCAUAGCACAUGGGCCCACAGUGGCUUCUACUUCUCAGAAAGAACUAAGCAACUGACACCACCGCCAGCAGUCACCGGCAAGCGUCGACGAGAAAUAGACGAGGACAAAGAAAACGAGGAUGCCGAUAGCCAGCCAGCACGUAAAGCAAAAAAACGUCCGGCCCCGAAAAAACCCCAACGCAAAACUAUCAAGUCCAGAGAGAUUCAUCGCCUCCGUCAAGUAACACCAUAUGCAGACCGCCAACGCCGCCGUGCUCUAGAGAGCCAAGGCAAGAUCCAAAGAACCUUGUUCAGAAUUCCAGAAUUAAUUGCACAGAAAAAGGCUGCUGAAGCUGCUUCUUCGAAUGAGAACAACAAUGUUAAUGACGAUGAGCACUCAGAUAUCGACACAGUCUCCAUUCCUGCCAUUCCCUCUACAACAGAGCUUGCAGUUGUCUCCAACUUUCACUCGUCUCCACCCCAGCUCCAGCCAAGCACACCCGCACGCACUGGAUGGAGCUUUAGCGGCUUGCUCGACUCUGUCCCUCGAUCAAUUUCCAGAUUUCUACCCUUCCGUACCGAAGUACCUCAGAAUGGGAGACAUGAUGAAGAUUCACCAAGUCAGUGUCCUAGAUCAACAGUACAGCACGAAAACCUUUCCCAAAACCUUUCCAAUGAAACAGACCAAAUUGGCUACGCGUCACGAACCCAUGAAAAUGACAUCGACCGCCAUGAGCACAAGUCCGUAUCUGCCAGCACGCAUGCAGUCAGUCCUUCCAUUUCGGAGGAGUGGAAGGACACUCCGACGGCAUUACCAACGCCAGCUGUUUCAGUCCCAGUCAGAUCUCUAGCUAUCGCGCAGCCAGAGUUUGACGAAGAAGACCUUUCCUAUGACCUAUUUCCGAGAAAUCACCCGCUUUCAAGCUACUCGAGAGAAGCCGCCCUUCGCAAAGCUGAAGAAGAAGCCCAACAGGCACGCGAAGACGCCCGCAUUGCCCAGGAAGUUGCGCGUGAAGCUCAAGAAGAAGCUCGCCUUGCCAAGGAACAAGCACGACAAGCCCAAGAGACGGUAAAGAUAUAUCAACCAACGUCGUCAAAGGCGAAUGCUAACAGAGUAACCAAGACGACAACACGCAAGGAGAAGAAGCGAAAACCCAUUCCAAAUCCCCCAGGAUGCAGCUACGGAAUGGACCUUCGCUACUUCGGGUCGACUUCCAGCUCCGAAGCUGAGUCGUCUGACAAUGAACAGCCCGAUGAACCAUCGGCCAGCGUUCGACCCGGUGUGCUGAAGGACACGACCGGCGCAGACAGCCGAACCCCUGCGCGCGGCCCACUUCGACAGCGAAAACAGGUACGGUUUGGCCCUAGCCCGCCAAACGUACCAUCGAAGUCCCGGUCGAAAGACCUCAGCACAUCGGCAGUGGUGGACGACACCCCAGAGUCUCCAUCACAAACAACGACGGCACAGGCCACUCCCGCUUCCCUCCCAGUCUCGACUAUCGCGUCACCCCAGGACGUCGAGAUGACAUCGCCAAGCCCGCUGAGGGAGCGGGAGUCCGACAACCAACCCCGGGGGCAAAGCACUUACGGGUUCACGUACGAAGAGUUGUACAGCGACGACUUCUUCGACGAUAUCGACGAGGAUCCAAUCCCUUCUGGGGCCGGAGCCUCGUCGUCCUCCGAUAUCGUCCAAGAAGUCGGGGUACUCCCUCAGCCAAUUCCACGGGGAGUACUUCUUGGUCACUCCAACGGCCAAGUCGCUGCUGCACCUCCUACGCGGCCCGCCCUCGCGACAAUGCCUGUACCGUCGUUUCGCCCCGCAUCGAUAGGAGCGGCGGCAGUUGAGAGGCAGAUGGCGGACAUGGAAAGGUUCCGCCCUCGGCUUCCUAGCAGCCUGCGCACCGCGGAGCGAUACUCGUCAAGCCCCUUGCCGGCUUCGUCACCGGCUCUCCAGGGGGUAGUAGGACAGGGACCUCUUUCCCACUCGUUUCAGUGGCCUCCAGCUGCUGAAACAUGCUUCACCUUUGAGGCCCAGCCGAGUCACGAACGGCUGAGAGUGGGCUUCCGGCAGAUUCUAAGGCAGGAGUAA